AUGUGCACCUACGAGAAGCCUUCGAGCUCUGAACUGACAUCACUCGACCCUGUGCUUGUUCAACAAACACAGAGCUCCGCUGAGCUUACUGUUCACCUGACCCUUUCACGAACGGAAUCUGGGCUGGCCACCUACGAAACAGUGAGCGACUGCAAAAGAGAGUGCGGCUAUGAUAACAUUGAGACUAAUCGAAAGUUGAGUUUAGUAAGCGAGGGAUGUUCAUAUAUUCAGGAACGAGCGCCAGCAAACACAGUGUUGGUGAGUGGUGAGAAAGGAAUACAGCAGCCACCUGCUUUGUGCGAUCAAAAAGAAGAAAAUAAGGAUCAUGUAUACGCUGUUGUUCAUAAAGAAAGAAAAGGCAGAGCCAGUUCUGGAGUGAGCGCCCUCGAAAAGACUGCGGGCCACCCUCAGGAAGAAGCAAGUGGUUUACUUGUACAAUGGGCGUCCUGUGUAGAUCAGUCCCCGUCUCUGACAUCAGAGGAUCGUUCGUCUCAUCAAACUGACUCAGGGCUCGACAACAACACAGAGGCUGCAGGGAGUGAGACACCUCAGGCUGGCGGGAACACUGAAUAUUUGUACGCAGCUGUUGACAAGACAAAAAAGAAGAAGAAGCCGCCACAGGUAAUACAUCUCACAAAUCCUGACAAAAGUUUCUUUUUGUUUCUUUUUGUUUUGUUUUGCUUUUAUUUGUUGGAUUUUUUUUUACAUGAAGACGUGUUUCUUUUUCAACACUGUUUCAUUAAGGAAACUAUCUUAAUAUAUUUACCUCUUCGAUUCAUAAUGUCCACGUAUGAUAAUUAAGCGUACAGCUGGAGCACGGCAGCUGGACUUUAGUUUAAGUGUCUAAAGGAUCCUCUGCAACAAACAAAUAAACAAAAAAAUACAAGACUAAACCGAUAAAAAUAAAUUUGAAACAAAAAAGAGCUUUAUCAGAGGCAAAAUAAGGCAACACUGACCCAGUUAUCUUAUCAAAUUCGUUUACAAUCUUUGGUGUUUUAUUUCUCAUUUAAUGUUGUUUUUGUUGCUGUUGUUUUUUGUUUGUUUAUUUGUUUGUUUAUUUGUUUACCUCGUUACUGUGUUGCUAUCGUUAUUUAAUGUCUCUUGUUUCACGAUCUGCUCAUAAGUUAUUAUUCUCUUUUCCAUGUUCAAUGUAGAAGCCCGCUCCAUACCGUGGCCUUGUGUACGCAGAUCUGAUCAUUUCCCGUGAAAACAGUGCAAAGCUUGUCAAAGAACAGCCCCAAACAGUAUACUCCCUAAUUGAUCCCGUCAAGAAAGCAAGCGUGAAGAUAUCACAGAAGAAUCCGGAGGAGACAAAGGACGGCGAACAUAAGUGA